CGCAGGGGGCGCCUCGACAGUUUACGAGCUAAGGAUUGCUGAGUCGCCUUCAUAGCUCCUUCGACACCCUGCGUAUGCGGUUAUGAAUCUCCAAAUGUCUCGGCCGGUUGUGAUAACGGAUGUGAAGAGCGCUUUAAACGAAAGCCCGGAGACUAACAUAGAUGAUGAAGCACCGGAUGUGCCCAUGCCCAAGAAUUACCUCGUCCUCACCAUCCUGACGUGCUUCUGCCCAGCGUACCCUGUGAAUAUCGUGGCGCUGGUCUUUUCAGUUAUGUCUAUCUACAGUUACAACGAGGGUGACAUUGAAGGUGCUCAGAGACUGGGCCGUAAUGCCAUGUUGGUGGCUAUAGCUUCCAUCAUUAUUGGACUGCUAGUAAUUGCUAUCUAUCUCACUGUUCACUUCACCACGCAUAAAUUCUGACCUGAACAUGGAGCUUGUGAAGAAACUAGACAGCCACACCAAUCACUAAUCCAUCAGACUGGGAGUGUUAGCAACAAACAAGACACAGAUGGAUUUAUGUCCCCAAACCAUCAAUAACCUGAAAGUCUCUGUGCUCUUGUAAUAAGGCCCUUGGCACUAGGAAUGUACUGGAGCAGUUUAGUCUCGAUCCCCCAUCCGCAUGGAAGUGUGACUUAAGUUUAGCUACAUAAAGUCUCUACAAGCAUAAGAAAAGGGACAGCCAAGGGUUCCUUCACAUCCACCUGCACACAGUCCAAUAAGAGGUCAUAAGCCAGUCAGGCAGAGUGAUUUAUCCCUGUACCAUCAUGCUUAGAGUUUAGAAAAUAGCUUCUGGAAUCAAAUCUUGUAUAUCCAAGCAAGAAACCCAGCUGUGAUAAAACCAAAUCAUGGGGCUUUGCUGUUUUCCCAAGACACAGCUUUGGACUUGCAGAUCACUUUUGGGAAAACUAAGUGCAGAUACUGAGUUGAUUUGUAUGAAUGUAUGGAUUUUAUCCAUUAUAACUGUGAGUGCUGCAUGCUGAGGGGCUGGGGACACAAACACAAGUACCA